AGGCAACCAUCGCCAACCCAAGCGGAUAUGUCACUCAGUCAUCCACGAGAAUACAGUCAGGGAACAAGUGCUUUGAAAAUGGCGUCGUCCGAGUUUAUAAUCGUGUCAGACUAGGAAUAUUCAUCAAAUGGGAAUAAUCGACUGUGUGUGCCAUCCGUGUACACAAAUACACAAGUUAUUACCAAAGUGGUUGAGCGCUGAUAGUGGACAAUUGCAUAAUUUAGGGAAUUAUUUCAUUAUUAUAAGAAUUGUCCCAAUGACAUGGGAUUUUGCAGCAGAAGGCACUUUCUACUGACAAUAUGUACACUGCAACUUCUCACUACCGUCGAGCGCCAGGUGUUCGACUUCCUGGGGUUUAUGUGGGCCCCGAUACUGGUCAAUUUCUUCAACAUCAUUUUUGUUAUUCUUGGGUUCUUCGGGACAUUUCAGUAUAGACCUAAAUAUUUAAUAGCGUACUGUAUAUGGGAGACGUUGUGGCUUGGAUGGAACAUAUUUUGUAUAUGUUUUUACUUAGAUGUUGGCAUAUUAGACAAGACGAGUGAUAUUCUCAAUGUCGGUACGGGAAGUUUCUCUUGGUGGCUGGCUAAUGGACCCGGCUGCAAAGCAGACUACAACUAUACCGAGCCAGAGUUAUUUCGGCCAGUGCGACCGACUAACGUUACAGGCUGCGUAUUAAGUUACGAAGUUAUUGAAGUCUUACAUGCAUCAACACAAUGUCUCUUAGCGUGUAUGGCGAUCAUUGGAGGAAUUUGCCUGAGUCGGGCCUAUCUCGAGGAGGAUGACAGCUUUGACUUUGUUGGAGGUGGUGACUUCGGUCUUGCUGGCCACACACCGUUGCAUCCAAUGUACGUUAGCUACUCGGCCCUACCACCAGCCUCAUUACCACAAUCUAAUCAAAACUACCAAAGCUAUACGCGUGGCACAACCGGCUCAAAUAAUUCUUCACAGUACUAUCGUGACGGUACAUUAUCAAAAAAUGGGGAUAAUUCACCCUUCAACCACCAUCAACAACGCGUUAAAUCACUGAUGACGUCACACGAUACAACUAGAAGUAACAAGAGCAGUGCGUCAACACGAAUUAUCGAAAAUAUUGACUACUACAAUGAUUAUUCAAAUCCGGUUGAUCAUUUGCACAGACCAGUAUCACCACCUGGUGAUUACGACUCAUUGAACAGUUCCAUCAGGUCAAAAUUUGAAAAAAAUCGUCCGCGUUGUUACAGCCCCGUUGUCUCGCCGGUAUUGAGAAGAGCACGUCCCUCCCAGGCACCUAAACAAAAUAGAAAUUCGUUCAAACCGAGAGUUUUUACUGAUCACAUUCGUGAACAGCCCCUCAGAACUUUUUAUUCGGAUCCACGGUUAGCUAUGGAUCAACCGAAUUCUAAUGAAACGCACAGAGAUAGUAGGCCCAUAUCUCUGUACGCUAGCAAAAUAACAGAAUAAAUAAAUUCCCCACCAAUUAAAAAAAGGAAAAAGCAGCAGAGACCGCUGUACAGCAUAGAGUACUCCCAGCCUGAGCCGCCGAUGCAGGACGAGAGUGUAUCACCUAAACCGAUGACACCCCGUCGAGUGAAACGUCGGUCAGUGAUAUCACGCGAUGGGACGAGGAGAUCGAAUCGAAGGAGUUCAGUUCGUCAGUCACGUCGGAAGAAUCCAGUGAAUCGAAUAAUGGACCAGCAGGAGAGCCUCUACGCCAAUACAAUCCCGAGUACCUUAACAAAUCAGAAUGUGAAUUCUCUGUCCCAGGGGACCCUGAAUUACGACAGAAUAGCGGGUCCUUGGGAGAGAGAUAGAACGACAAAUUGGCAGCCUGAGGCUGUCAAUAUGGCAGUGUCAUCCCCAACCCUCUGGACCCCUGAUCCAAACUACUCUAACACCACUUAUAUGACGAAUCAGACAAGCCCGGGCUGGGAAAAUGCCAGCUCCACCAGAAAUCUCAGUGACAAUUGGCAGAAUAGUCCGAUGAGUCACAUGCAGUGGCAGGGCCAGAGUAAUCCCACGUUUCAGCAGACCAGCACUCAGAGCUUGAACGCUGAGGACAUGGAUGACUUGUACAGCAACAGACCUGCCAGUGCUAGAUCUAGUUAUAGUAAUUAUCAUGGAGUUAGAGCUACGCCUCAAGUGCCCAAUAAGAAUGAUAUUGUUAGGCAGAGUCAGAGACAGUUUGUACUCAGUGGGCCACCUGCUUAUCAGGAUACUGUUAUUUAG